GUUUGCAGCAAACACGCUCAGCCGGCUGAGCUGUCCUGAGGCUGGAACUGACGGUCGGCCCUGAGCCGGCUCCAGCCGCCCAGCCCUGGAGCCUGCCGGAGGGGGCCUGCCCCACUGGGGGUCGGGGCCCCCGAGGAAGAGGUCCAGGCCGGGAGCCCAGCAACAGCGGCGUCCAGACCUCCGCCCCCCAACUCCGGGUCCUGGCGCCCAAGGUCAGCUCAGGGUAGCACCUGACACACACAAGCACCUUUUAUACGGUUGCUGACUGUAUGCAAGGAGGAGGAAGGUGGUUCUUUAGCACAAGAGCAAGUGGCCAGAGGCCCCGGGAGACCAGAAGAAAAUUCCUGGCCCUUCAGCAUGGUGUCCCAGGGGUCUGCGCCCUCCCUGCUGGAGGCCCUGAACAGCGACUUCCUGGCCUGUAAGAUCUGCCUGGAGCAGCUGCGGGCUCCCAAAACGUUGCCCUGCCUGCACACCUACUGCCAGGACUGCCUGGCCCAGCUGGCGGAAGACGGCCACCUCCGAUGCCCCGAGUGCCGUGAGACGGUGCCCGUGCCACCGGCCGGCGUGGCUGCCUUCAAGACCAACUUCUUUGUCAACGGGCUCCUGGAUCUGGUGAGGGCCCGGGCCGGUGGAGACCUGCGUGCUGGGAAGCCAGCCUGUGCGCUGUGCCCCCUGAUGGGUGGGGCCAGCGCCGGUGGGCCGGCCACUGCCCGGUGCCUGGACUGCGCUGACGACUUGUGCCAGGCCUGUGCCGACGGGCACCGCUGCACCCGGCAGACCCAUACCCACCGAGUGGUGGACCUGGUGGGCUACAGGGCAGGGUGGUACGACGAGGAGGCCCGGGAGCGCCAGGCGGCCCAGUGUCCCCAGCACCCCGGGGAGGCCCUGCGCUUCCUGUGCCAGCCCUGCUCCCAGCUGCUGUGCCGGGAGUGCCGCCUGGACCCCCACCUGGACCACCCCUGCCUGCCCCUGGCCGAGGCUGUGCGUGCCCGGAGGCCAGGCCUUGAGGAGCUCCUGGCAGGCGUGGACAACAACCUGGCAGAGCUGGAGGCCAGCCGGAUGGCGGAAAAGGAAGCCUUGGCCCGGCUGCGGGAGCAGGCAGCCAGGGUGGGGACACAGGUGGAGGAGGCAGCGGAGGCGGUCCUCCGGGCCCUUCUGGCCCAGAAGCAGGAGGUGCUUGGGCAGCUACGGGCCCACGUGGAGGCUGCUGAGGAGGCUGCUCGAGAGAGGCUGGGGGAGCUGGAGGGCCGAGAGCAGGUAGCCAGGGAGGCGGCUGCCUUCGCGCGUCGCGUGCUCAGCCUAGGUCGCGAGGCCGAGAUACUCUCCCUGGAGGGGGCCAUUGCUCAGAGGCUCCAGCAGCUGCAGGGGUGUCCCUGGAUGCCUGGGCCCACCCGCUGCCUGCUGCCCCAGCUGGAGCUCCAUCCUGGGCUCCUGGACAAGAACUGCCACCUGCUACGGCUCUCCUUUGAGGAACAGCAGUCCCAGAAGGAUGGUGGGAAAGAUGGAGCUGGAACCAAAGGAUGUGACAAGACCCAGAGCUGGAGAGAGGAUGGCACCCAGACAGAGAAACACGGUGGGAUCCAGCCCCAGAGUAGGGAUGGAGCCCAGACCCCAAAGGAGGACAGAGCCCAGACGCCCCAAGAAGAUGGAGCCCAGACCCCAAAGGCAGAGAUAGCCAAGACACCCCAAGAAGAUGGAACCCAGACCCCAAAAGAGGCCAGAGCACAGACACCCCAAGAAGAAGGAGGAGCCCUGACCCCGAGGGGUGGCAGAUCCAACAAGAAGAAGAAAUUCAAAGGCAGGCUCAAGUCAGUUUCCCGGGAGCCCAGCCCAGCCCCUGGGCCACACCUGGAGGGCUCAGGCCUCCUCCCCAGGCCUAUCUUUUCCUGCAGUUUCCCCACGCGAAUGCCUGGAGACAAACGGUCUCCCCGGAUCACUGGACUCUGUCCCUUUGGUCCCCGGGAGAUCCUGGUGGCGGAUGAGCAGAACAGGGCGCUGAAGCGUUUCUCCCUCAACGGAGACUACAAGGGCGCCGUGCCCGUCCCUGAGGGCUGCUCCCCGUGCAGCGUGGCUGCCCUGCAGGGCGCAGUUGCCUUCUCAGCCAGUGCGCGGCUCUACCUUAUCAGCCCAGAUGGUAAGGUGCAGUGGCGCCGGGCCCUGAGCCUCUCCCAGGCCAGCCACGCUGUGGCUGCGAUGCCGAGCGGGGACCGGGUGGCCGUCAGCGUGUCAGGCCACGUGGAGGUGUACAACAUGGAAGGCAGCCUGGCUACCCGGUUUAUUCCUGGGGGCAAGGCCAACCGGGGCCUGCGGGCACUGGUGUUCCUGACCACCAGCCCGGAGGGCAAUUUCGUGGGGUCAGAUUGGCAGCAGAAUAGCGUGGUGGUCUGUGAUGGGCUGGGGCAGGUGGUCGGGGAGUACCGGGGGCCAGGCCUGCACGGCUGCCAGCCGGGCUCCGUGUCUGUGGACAAGAAGGGCUAUAUCUUCCUGACCCUUCGCGAGGUCAACAAGGUGGUGAUCCUGGACCCAAAGGGGUCACUACUCGGCGACUUCCUGACGGCCUAUCAUGGCCUGGAAAAGCCCCGGGUGACCACCAUGGUGGACGGCAGGUACCUGGUCGUGUCCCUCAGUAACGGGACCAUCCACGUCUUUCGGGUCCGCUCUCCUGACAGUUAAAGGGCUGGGGCUGGGGUGGGACUGGGGUGGGACUGGGGCGGGAGGAGGGGGGCCGAACUCAUCUUCCCGGAGGGCAGGGGUGGGCAGCUUUUCAGUGUGAAGUGCCAAACUCCUAACGCCUCUUCUCUUGUGCAAGAAUAGGGACCAAGGGUGGUGGCGGGACCAUAACUCUCAGAAGCAGAGGAGGAGGGGAAGGGGGGUGCUGGGAGUGAACCCCGUCUCUUGCUUUUUGUGGGUGACCACCGCCGCCACCGCUGCCAUAUAGUUCAGGUUUCUGAGAUUUAUAAGCUUGUCCUGUUUUGCAUUCUUCAAAACCAUUCCUGAUGGAGUAGCCCGGGGGUCUUAGGAGGUGGGCAGAAGGAGUGCUCCGGCUGACGAAGGACUCAGGUUACGUCAGACAGGUGCCUUCUGGAUGAGAGCUGGGAGCCCUGCUCCCUUCAGACGGGAGCAGGGACACACCAGGUCAGAAGAGGCCUGGGGCUACGAAAUGGUGAUGAAUGGCAUCUUCCAUCAGCCACAGCCAGGAGCUAGAGGCUCCUCUGAGAGUGGCGUCCCCCACUGAAGCACAGGGUGGGCUUUGUGGGGGACCAAGGACAGACACCAGCUGAGGCCAUGCGGUGUCCACCUCAGAGUCUGUGAAGAGAAUGUUACUAGAAAACGACUUGGCAGGAUUGGAGUUUAACCAACAUGGCUCCGAGUGUAAGGGAAAGGGAGGCCUCUGGGCACCCCCUCCCCACUGUGAAGCCAGUCUGGAGCAAGACCUACACAGGAUGUCAAAUCACUUCUGUUUUGCAGUCUUUACACUUCCUGGAGUCUAUUUUUAGUUUCCUCCUAGUUUUCCAGCCAGCAAAAUUCCUUUUGAGAAAUUUUGGCCUCCGUUUGGCUGAACUAAGGGAUGAAGGAAUUUUGGCCUUCUGUAGGCCACUGUUGCUGGGGGAAACGCCCUAGCCCUUCAGCCCAGGUGUGGGAUUGGGGGCCAAGCCAGCAGGAAAACCUGAGAAUUCAGUAGUAGGGCUGGGAUGGGUGGAGGAGUGAAAACUGGAGGCAAAGAUCCAGUCGGGGGUGAGCCAACCACUGGUCCUUUGCAUAGGCUGAGGUAAUGGUGGAUGUGUUUACCCAGGGGCUGUCGAGAGAGGACCAAAGGGAAUCUUAACGUAGCGAUUGUGGACGAUGGAGUGUUUGUGGGAACCAAAGGGAUUUUGGACAAGUCCAGAUGGAAAGUGCGGGGCAUUAGGGAUGAGGAAAAGAAUACGCUUUUCUAGGGAGGUAUUGCUUGUUUAUUGAAGUGAUAAGGGAGAGCAUCCAUGUCAAGUGGACAGAUUUAAUUACAUAAAAAUUUGAAAUGUUUGCACAGCAGAGAUUAGUGAAGAUUAAAGGAAAACCUCUAAGAUGAGAAAACUACAUGGAAUUGAUCUGAGUAAGAGCUGAGUCUCCAGUGUGUGCAGUGACUAAGAGAUCUACUUGGUCAAGGGACCAAAUGGGCUGUACACCCAGAAGGAAUGCUCUCAGGCCAGGACUAGUGAAAUAAAAAAUAAAAUAAAGUCAACUGCUUGCAUUGGUCAAAAAUACAUUUUAAGACUGUGUCAUGGAGAAUGAGACUCCUGGCACUAUAAGAUGAUGCUUCCUGGAGUGCAAGUUGGUAAUAUUUGACAAGAGUGGAAAAAAAAUGACUGUAAGACUGUUUUCUCACUUUGGGGAAUACAUUCCGGGAAAGUAAUUCCAAAGCAAAAAGUUUUUGCACAGAGAUAUUUGUGACCACCCCCUACAUUACAUUCAUUGACUGGAAACUGCUCAGCCGUGGGGCACGCAGCUAAGAGACUGUGGUGUGUCAGGGCAAUUACCUACUGCCUUUGUGCAUGACAACUAUGAAAACUAUUUAGAAGAAUAUGUUCUAUGAUGCAAUCAUAAGUGAAAAAAAAAGGGGAAUUUGGAAUUAUGAUCACUUAAUGAUAGCAGUAAGGUAAAAGUAUGUCUGAAUAGCUGCCGAGUGGAAAUAGGUUCAAAAUUUGUAAAUAGUCAGUGAUUGGGGAGAUUGGGUUCUUUUGAGUUAUUUUGUGCUAUUCACAUAGGUGCAUUUUCUGCUUCGGUUAGGAUUGUCUGUUAAAUAACAUAUACGCUGGAAGGUUUACUUUCACCUCUAGAAGUGAUAUUCGAGAAUAGCUACUGGAUUGGGGAAGAAGAUGUCAGAAGGGAUGAGACUGUCCUGUCAGAGGAGGCACGGGAGUCAGGAGGGUCCCAGCUGGUUGGGGCCAGUGGGGAGGAAGGGUGGGCAGAGCAGGGGCUGUCUGGCGAGAUCAAGGAGCUCACCCUGGGAGGGUCUGCAGAGGUCAGGCGGUCCCCUCAGGGAUUGGAUCACUGUGGAGCGUCCAGAAGGCAGGGGAAGGUCUUGUUGAGUUCCCCAACUACUUCAGACCAACUGGAAACCAAGUGGAGUUUCUGUAGAACCAGCUAGCGUAGGAUGAGUUGCAUGGGGUGGGGGGGGGGAGGGGGGUGGUCUGUCUUCUUUGCAGCUCUGUCUGUAGAGUUAGCAUAGCGAUGGCUCACAAUAGGUGCUCAGUAAAUGUGAAGUGAAUUAAUACCUAGAAAAGGGAUGGGACAGUGGUAAGACUCUUUCCAGAGAUUUCCCACCUCACGUGCCACAGCCCUAGCAAACCAAGUUGUCCAAAACCUUGGCUUGUGGGAAAUCUCCAGUAGGGGGCAGCUUGGACACAGUCUACCAUAUGCCUCCCAGGGGGAGGCUCAGCUCCAGAGUCACAAAAGAGAUGAGAUUGGGGUGCCCUGCUUAUGUGUGUGGAGGGGCAUCUAGGGGUCACGGGCUUGGGUUGGAACAACAGUUCUGCAGAGCUGCACAGGGAGCAUAUGCAGAGGGCCUGGCUGAUCAAAUGGCUCCAGCCAAGUGGCUUACCCGGGAAUGGAGACUUUCAGAAAGGAAAUGUCACCUGGCUGCAAGAAGAGAAUCGCACAGAUGCCCCAGAGAUGCAGGAGCCAUGUGACAUUCCAGGAAGCUGUAAGAAUCCUGGGAAGCCGGGCCCUGGAAGAUUACUGGAAAUAUUAAAUUUUCCUCAUUAAGGGAUAGGGGUGGGAAGGCCCAGAAGACCGGCCAGAUGUGAACCGGAUGGGAAGUAUAGCACUGAGCAUGAAUUUGGAGGUAAAAUCCACAGCAGCUUAACUGUGACGCAGGAAUCCUGAUGAAUCCCUCGGAAAACACCACUCAGCGCAAGAGAAAGAGUUCUUGGUUAAACUACAGAUGUUAAGAAAUGAGGAACAUUCGGGAAAGACACCUCCCACCCCACCCCCCACAUCGGACUAUGAGAGUUUACUUGAUCAAUGAUUCCUUUUCCUGUUUGGGACUUUCCAGGUUGUACGUGUACUGGUGAAAGGAGAGUGGCGUUCGGGUAGAGAGAAAGAGAGUGGACACUCUCUUUCAUAUUCUUUGCACCUAAAAAAGGAAAGUGAAUGAGGUAGCCGAGACCUUGGGUGAGCGCUGGCCCUUCCACUAAAUAGCUGUGUGAUCUUGGUCCAGCUCCCGAACCUCUCUGCGCCUCAGUUUCUACAUCAGUAAGUAGGGAUAAUAAUAUCCACCAUGCCCACCUCACAGGGGUGUUGCGAGGACUGGGUGAGAAACAUAGACAAGUAUCUUGUAUACCACAAAGGCCCAAUCCGAGGUAUUGGUUUAGGAGAAAGUUCAGCUGACUUGUACUAACUUGAUUCUCUCCCGUCAGCGUGAGCUUGAAUGGGGAUGUUGUGUACACGUAUUGCUCAAGCAUGUCUGGGUAGAGUCAUUACCCACAAACCAUCUUCUUUGGAGGUGGCUGUUUUGUUUUGCUUUCCCGCAGUUAUUUGAAGAAGCCAUGUUCUAAGACAUGACUUAGGAGCAGAUGGGACCAAUGGCUGGCCGGCUAAGACACAAUGCUCUUCCUAAAUGCCAGCCGAGAAUCAGACUGUACUAAUCAAGGACUGAUAACUGUAGACAUUUAGAAGUUCAGAAGGGCAAGAGCGGCCCCAUCUUUGGAUAAUUUAGAGAAAACAUAACUUGGAAGAGAAUAGCUCUCCGCUCACUGUAGUCUUACUAUUACUGUAUCUGUAAAGCCAUGCCGUAUCAUAAAUCUACAGAGAUAAAAUUCCAAGGGGGCAGAAGUCUAAGAGGGAGGUCUGAAAUCUUCUGAGGAAAUUGGUGAGAUUAGUGGCCCGAGCUGGGCGGGGUUCGAUAGGGGUGCCAAGAUCAAAGCAUUUGACCUCUCUCCUUGGCAGGUCGGCUGAGAACUAGAGCUCUCCCGUGAGUCAGGGGGGAGAUUGGACUGGGGAACAGAGCUCUGUUUUGGGGAGAGAGCGGUCUUGGACCGGCUGGAGCAGAGAGCUGCUGAAGAUGCUCGCAGCAGGAGCAAGACCAAGUUCAGAUGCAGGCUUAGGAAAAUAGGUAACUUGACCAAAGGUAGCAGGACCAGCCUACCAACUGGAUCAUGAAUAUAGUUUAGUUAAAUGGAUCAGGACAGAGGCAAAAAUAGGUCUGGGGACCACAGAUGCCUUUGACUGGAGGAGUGGAGAAGGUACAGCAGAGUCAGCCUGGACCUCACCUGAAGCGCAGCGAGGAAUCCUUGGGACCAGGUAGAGAAGGGCCUCUGUUUAGAGAGGCGAUCAGGAAGUUGGUUUGGGGAGGUUUGGGAAGGCAACCUGACUUGUCUCCGGAGAAAGUUGGAGCCAGUUGGCUUAGCAGCCAAGAGAGACAGGGUUGAAAACGGAGUCGGGGCCUCAGUACCCAUGGCGUCAGCCCAGCAAAUUUCCCUGGGUUGCCAUGGGCUGAAGAAUCUGUGCUGUAAACCCUCAUUCCUUUGAUUGUGUCCUUUGUACCUUUUUUCUGUUUCUUAUUAAAUUCUUUUGAAAAAUUCAAA